ACCCACGCCAACAGGGUUACCCCAUAAUUGGGCGACUGGUUGAAAACAAAAAACGACGGGUGUGGAUUGGCCACCUAACAGCCCACCAACGCGUGCGAUGUCGCACAACGAAGUGCCUCCACCAAGCCACACCCCGAUGAGAAUCAAGAUACAGAUACUGAAGUCCAUGGCGCGACAAGGCAGGAAAAGAUCCCCCGCACUUCGGAAAAGGCAACUUACUCUCUCGUCGAUUCUUCCCUCUCCUGUCCCGCCUAUUCUGUCUCGCGUCGCCUGCCACUCUUCCGAAAGCGCACACUCCAACCCUUCGAUGUACUCUUCCCAGGGCGACACUUUCUCUUCCGUUGCGCUUCUCCCUCCUCCUCGUCGCGCUUCUCCCUCCCCCUCGUCGCGCUUUCUUUUCCCCUCGUUGCGAAGCGACAGGAUAGGCGAUGUCUAGGCGAGAGAUACGCAGAGGGGAAAAGCAAGGAUUUGACGCGAAGAAAACAAGGCUAUGCCGCGGAGAGCUAGGGACACACGAGGGGAAACUGCAAGCAACUGGUCCAGGGAACGCAAGGGAGCACCGCUGGAUGGUUCGGCGCAGGGAUACGAUGAGGCACAGGCGCAUGGAGGGAUAGGCACGGUGGGGAGCAAGGGAUGGCAAGCAGAGCAUACACGGAGGGGAAAUACCGGCCAAGGCGGGGGGACAUGCGGGAACAGGCGAUGGCAAUGCAGGGAAGGAGAGCGUUGAGGAAUACAAGGGUCAUGAGGGAGGGAGUGGGGGAUAUGUACGGGGAAGGCAAGGGGUACGAUGCAAGGGAAUGCAAGGGCCAGGCGCGGGGGCAGCAAGGGAUAUGCAAUCCCUCAAUCCCUUGCUGCAGCGGGGACAUUGAGGGAACUAAGAGCGAUCUCUCCUUACCCCGCUCUAACCUUCUCUGUUUCCCCUGCUCCUGCUGUCAGAUCCCCACCCCUCCCCCUCCCCUCCCCACCCUCUUCCCUUAUCUGUACACACUCCCUGCCGUAUCAGAUUAGACGGUUUCAGGGGGAACAUCACUGCCGAUAUGAGAUGGGCUGUGGGGGACCCAUCUCCAUGGCGGCAUGUGCAAAUGCCUCUAGUUAUCUACACACUACUUUCUGGUCAGGGGAUGGUGACGACAUGCACUACUUUUGUUGGCCAGUGUGGCGUUGUGGUGGCGCUGUGAGAGAAAAUAUGAUUUUAUUUCAAUGGCAUGUCUGCUACUGUGGUCCUCGGUCUUAGGUACCGGUGCAUCCAUUGUUUUUCU